UGCUGAAGGCAGAGAAUAAAAGCUGCUGACAAAAGCACCUCCUUAGCGAUCAGAAAAUCAGGCAAGAAGCAAGUAUCUGCAAGUAUAUAAUCUACUCUACAUAUCAGGAAAGACGAGAAUGGCAGCCGGGGGGGUUGGAGAUGACACCGAAAUGGCUAUGCAGCCAUAUGCUAACUGGGAGGAGUACCUGAUGAAUGUUCCACUCGCUGUAGCCAUUCUGGGUGAGCUGGUCUCUAUCUCCUCUACUGUAGAUUUCUCCAUUAGCCCUCCAGAAGGAGGCUUUAAGUACAUUAAGUACCCAGACUCAUUCCGUGCCUGUCUUAUGCAAGUGGCUAAUUCUGGAUGGACAGCAUUCAAUGAGGCUCACAAAAGCAUGGAGCAGAUCCGUCUUCAAGCUGUCAAAGUGCCAGUUUACAUAGAGAAGACAAUCAGUGAGAUCAGUGAUGAGCUGGUCCAAAAUCCUCCUGCUGACCAAAAGGAGAAUGCAGCUACUAUAUCAGAAGACUGCACAAAGCUGGCUAAGCUUACUGAACAAAACAUUACCUAUGUCAAAAACCUGAUUGAAGAACUGUUACAAGAAAGCAUCCGUGAAAAAGGGGAACAUGCACCACAAAUGGUCCAGUAUAGCUUGGCAGAUUCUGUACAGGAAGCAGUUUCAAACUUCAUAAAAAAUAAAUUGGGCAAGAUUCUAUUUGAGGACAUGGAUAAAUGGAUAAGCGACGCAGAAAGCACUAUACAGAGAGCAGCAGAAUUACACCAAGAAAAACCAGUAAUGCUUUUUAUGUCUGCUUGUCCUAAUGCAGAAAAUGAAAGUGAGGAUUUUUCUUCUGUGUGUAAUGUGUAUUCCAAAGCAAGGCCGCUUGUGCGUUUGACCGAGACAAUGAGCAACUUUGUUGAUGGAAACCAAGUUAAAUGGUUUGAUAUCACUGAUCAAACGGAAGGGAAAGCAAAGGCGUCAUACCUGGUGGAACAAUUUGAGCAGAUUAAAACAUCCGUGGAGAAUGAAAAAGACUGUAAUGAAAAAAUCACUCUAAUCGCCUUAUGCAAGGAAGCUAUGGACCUGUGCUCUGAGCUCACCAGGAUUGGAGGUGACCUGAGAGGGACGUGUGAAGACAGCAAGACAGAAGAAAUCGUGGCAAGAAUACAAACACUGUUGGCAAGAGGUCAGAAGUUUGAUCUUGAUAGACAAACACUGCAAGAAAGUAUUAACCUUGCACCGCAACUUCUACGGCAUGCUGAAUACGGCGGGAAGGUAACUGCAGGUAAAAUGCUCAAGGAGAAUAUCCGUCUUCGCAUAGAGCAGAGUCGAGUCCAGCUGGAGAAGGUGAGACAGCUGCAACAGCAGAGUUUGGAAAAGCUGGAGAAAAACCAGAAGGAGCUGUCAGAGAUCUUAGCUACAACAAGUCUUGAUGUGAAAGACACUGAUUUCAACACAAUGGUUUGCAUCCUUACCAAGUGUCAAGAUGUCAUGGGAACAGUGAAACAGGCAUGGGAGAAGAUGGUGCACUCAACUGAGGUCAUGUCAAAGAACAUCCAGUCUUGUCUUUAUGUUUUCCCCCAAGAACUUACAAAAAAUAUACCAAACACUAGAAAAAUGCUUAUAAAAGAUGCAAUCUACCAGCAAGCCUUCUAUGCAUCCAAUGUAGCCAGCUUGAUUAGCACAAUUUCUGGGACCUACGUUGAAGUUUCUGAGAAGCACCUGAUGGACACAAUCAGCAGCCUGGGCAAACUCAUGGCUCUGGAUCCCGCCAGCCCAGAUUUUUUGAAUGAGCGCCAAAAAAUUCGAAGUGCCUGUGAAAUCACUCUGUCUUCCAUAACAGAUGUUGUGAAGAUGAAAAACGAGGAAUCUCAUCAAAUGGCAGAAGUCAAACUGAAUCUAAUUGAAAGUGAAAUUAAGUCCCUUUCAACUCCAAAAUCUGAGGAAAAUAUCAAAGAGAUCAAAGCAAUUAUAGAGGCUGUAUUCAUGCCAGAAGCUAAUAAAUAAGUGCUUCUCUUGAAGAGGCUUAAGACAGUAUCUACCAAAGCUUAGUUGAAUGUGAAAAUAACACGACAUGUAAAAUACCGAUAAAUAUUAAAUACAGAUCAUUCAGAUAUACAUGCAAACUAUCGCCAUCCAUCUUCCAACCAGUUAUCCUGCUAAUGAUUUAAAGAUAAACCUUUCAUAUGAUGUAUGAAAAUGAAUAUGUAUUAUUGAUCAGAAAGUACCACAUUACUUGGAUUAUCUUGCAUUAUCAGAAAGUACCACAUUACUUGGAUUAUCUUGAUCACAUUUCAUUAUACAGCUAUUACAUUAACUUUGUAAAGCAAUUAAUUCAUAUAAGUAAAAUAACCUUUUAGGGCAAACUCUUUAACUCUUAAAAGAGUCGACCAAACUAAACACAUGAGUUACAAGGUUUAACACGUGGAGAAAAUCUUUUUCUAGUUAAAGUGGCAGGUUUGAAGAGACCCUGAGUCUGUGACACCAAGCAAGUUCAACACAGCUUCUGAGGUCCAGGGGUGGAGAUCCACUAGCAGGAGAGACCUGGAGCCAGAGGCCUGACCUCACCAUCAAAGGUCAAGGAAGAAGAAGAAGAUGACAAACCAGGGAUCUCCUCAAAGAUCACGUCCAUCUCACUGCUCUGGGUCGUGUUUGUAUGCAUGUUUGCCCACUUUGCCAGGUUAGAGCUCUGCAGAGAUACAGAGCUGCGAGUCAAACAGAGCAGCAGGACUAAGGGAGCAGGACUAGGUGGGAGAUUAAUGAGGAUGCAGCUUUGCUGACUAACCGUACUGCACUGGGGGGUGUGUCUCCUCCCAGAACUGCAUAAUGCUACAUAUUCUGUAAAACACAUACCAGCAAUCAGACUGGAGCUUUAAUUCAGACCUGUUUAUAUACUUCUUUAUGCUGCAUAAAAUUCUUUUGGAAAAUCUGUUUAUUAAAAGCAGGUAAUAUGAUCAAUCCA